AUGUCAGAAAAUCUGCAUCACUCGAACUGGAGCGAUAAAAAACACGUCCGUUCGCGAUCGAUACUCUCACACGCCUCUUGCAUUGAUGGAACCCACAACCAAAUUGACCCACCAAAGAGACCAAAAGACGAUUACAUAAAUAGGAAGGGAAUUACGUCUAUCUGUCUGCAAGCGAUAUGUAAUGAAAAGAAGAAGUUUAUAAACAUUUUCGUGGGAUAUCCUGGUUCUAGUCACGACAGUUGGGUUUUACAAAACUCCACUAUUUACGAUAAGUUGCCGUCGUAUUGUGGAGAUUACUACGUUUUGGGUGAUUCUGCAUAUCCCUGCAAGAAAUAUUUAGUAACGCCCUACAGAGAUAAUGGGCAUUUAACAAAUGCCCAAAAAUACUUUAAUUUGAAUCUGAGCUCUGGACGUAUCGCUAUAGAACACUCGUUUGGCAUGUUGAAACAAAGAUUCCGUCAGUUAUAUUACU